AUGGGCAAUAAGCUCACCUACUACUCGCCCAGCCGCGGUUCGUCUAUGGGGCUGGGCGCCGCCAUCACGAUUCUCAUCUUCUCGCAGUAUAAGCUGCCCGUGUCGACCUCCAUGUGCAUCACGGGAGCCACCGUCGGCGUCGGCCUUUGCAACGGCACCUUCAAGUCCGUCAACUGGAAGCACGUGGGACUCUUGUUCUUCUCGUGGGUCAUGACCGUACCCAUUGCUGGUCUCAUUGGCGGCUGCCUUAUGGGUUUGGCUAUGAACACCCCGCAUUGGUAG